AUGGAGACUUUGGAUUCUGGAGGCGUCACUAUGCCGACGGAGAACGGUGGUGCCGAUCUCGAUACGCUUCGUCACCGGAAACCGAGAUCGGAUUCCUCCAACGGACUUCUUCCUGAUUCCGUAACUGUUUCCGAUGCUGACGUGAGGGAUCGGGUUGAUUCAGCUGUUGAGGAUACUCAAGGAAAAGCCAAUUUGGCCGGAGAAAACGAAAUUAGGGAAUCCGGUGGAGGCGGCGGAGAAGCGGGGGGAAACGUGGAUGUAAGGUACACGUAUCGGCCGUCGGUUCCAGCUCAUCGGAGGGUGAGGGAGAGUCCACUCAGCUCUGACGCCAUCUUCAAACAGAGCCAUGCUGGACUGUUCAACCUGUGUGUAGUAGUUCUUGUUGCUGUAAACAGUAGACUCAUCAUCGAAAAUCUCAUGAAGUACGGUUGGUUGAUCAGAACUGAUUUCUGGUUUAGUUCAACGUCGCUGCGAGAUUGGCCCCUUUUCAUGUGUUGUCUCUCCCUUUCAAUCUUUCCUUUGGCGGCCUUUACCGUCGAGAAAUUAGUACUUCAGAAAUGCAUAUCUGAACCUGUUGUCAUCUUUCUUCAUGUUAUUAUCACCAUGACCGAGGUCUUGUAUCCAGUCUAUGUCACUCUAAGGUGUGAUUCCGCCUUCUUAUCAGGUGUCACGUUGAUGCUCCUCACGUGCAUUGUGUGGCUGAAGCUGGUUUCUUACGCUCAUACUAACUAUGACAUAAGAACCCUAGCUAAUUCAUCUGAUAAGGCCAAUCCUGAAGUCUCCUACUAUGUUAGCUUGAAGAGCUUGGCGUAUUUCAUGCUUGCUCCCACAUUGUGUUAUCAGCCGAGCUAUCCACGUUCUCCAUGUAUCCGGAAGGGUUGGGUGGCUCGUCAAUUUGCAAAGCUGAUCAUAUUCACUGGAUUCAUGGGAUUUAUAAUAGAGCAAUAUAUAAAUCCUAUUGUUAGGAACUCAAAACAUCCUUUGAAAGGGGAUCUCUUAUACGGUAUUGAAAGAGUGUUGAAGCUUUCAGUUCCAAAUUUAUACGUGUGGCUCUGCAUGUUCUACUGCUUCUUCCACCUUUGGUUAAACAUAUUGGCAGAGCUCCUCUGCUUCGGGGAUCGUGAAUUCUACAAAGAUUGGUGGAAUGCAAAAAGCGUGGGAGAUUAUUGGAGAAUGUGGAAUAUGCCUGUUCAUAAAUGGAUGGUUCGACAUGUAUACUUUCCGUGCCUUCGCAGAAAUAUACCGAAAGUACCCGCUAUUAUCCUUGCUUUCUUAGUCUCUGCAGUCUUUCAUGAGUUAUGCAUCGCAGUUCCUUGUCGUCUCUUCAAACUAUGGGCUUUCUUGGGGAUUAUGUUUCAGGUGCCUUUGGUAUUUAUCACAAACUAUCUACAAGAAAGGUUUGGCUCCAUGGUGGGAAACAUGAUAUUCUGGUUUACCUUCUGCAUUUUCGGACAACCGAUGUGUGUGCUUCUUUAUUAUCACGACUUGAUGAACCGCAAAGGAAAGAUGUCAUAG